AUAUCCGGAGCAGAGGGUAAACGUGUGGAAGAAGGUCCUAUUACUGUAUAAUUUGAUAACCCAAUAUUGAAGUUGAAACUUGAGGCCAAUUGAUGCGUUGCACGUAUAUCUUAUGUAUUUAUAUAAAGCUUAGCUUGAGCGCAUGCAAGUUGUAGCAUCAAAUUUCGGGCAGAAAUUAAUGGCUAGGUGAAAGUUGGGCUGGCUUGACUGAUUUAACAAGCAAACAUGGUGCGUUCAUAGUCAUCAUCUCGAGUCAAUAAUAAUAUUGUAAAAAAGUUGAAAAAGAUGGCAUCGUGUCAGUGGAAAUGAAUGUAGCAGACUUGAACUAAAAUGAAAGCAAUAAAUAUGACAGACGAAAGGACUUACUAAUUUGUCUUUGGAUGUCCUUAAAAUCUGAAAAGGAAGACUUUUGGAAUCCCACCAUAAAUACUAAGAAGAAAGAAAAUAUCCCGAAGCAGAGGACAAACGUGUGAAGCAAGGUCGGAUUACUGUAUAUUUUGAGGCUUGACGCCAAUUGAUGCAUUGCACGUCUAUCUUAUGUUUUUAUAUAAACCUUAGCUUGAGUGCAUUCGUGCAGUAGCAGCAUCAGAUUUCAAAACAGAAAUCAAUGGCUAUGUGUAAGUUGUUUUUAUUAUUGUUGUUGGUCCAAUUCCAUGAGCACCAAGCUUGCUAUGAAGAGGAGAGGAGGAGUCUAAUGAAAAUCAAGGCAUACUUCCAAUCAAAUGGGUAUGCAGACUAUUUUCUUCGACCUUCAUGGGGUGAAGAUAAUCCAGACUGUUGCCGCUGGGAGAGUGUCAAGUGUGCUAACACCACGGGUCAUGUCAUUGAACUUUCUCUUGGCAAUGUAGGCGAAAGGAUUUAUGAAGAACUCUUACCAUCUAUGCUUAACCAAUCUAUAUUCCAACCAUUUAAGGAGUUAAGGAUUCUCAAUUUAAGUUGGUAUGGGAUUAAUCUGAUUCAGAAGGAAGGUUUAAAUGGUUUGUUGAGACUGCAAAAGCUUGAGACUUUGGAUCUUUCUGGUAACUUCUUUUCAAAUAACUCUUUGCAGUCCUUAAGUGCUCUCACAUCACUAAAAAAAUUGAUUCUAAAUAACAAUUACAUGGAAGGAUCCUUUCCUGUCCAAGAAUUAUCUGUUUUGGAAAACUUGGAGUUUUUGGAUUUGAGCGACAACUUUCUAAGAGGUUCUCUAACAAUGCAAGGUUCCAGUGGCUUGUUGAGACUGCAUAAGCUUGAGACUUUGGAUCUUUCUUUUAACUAUAUUUCAAAUAUCUCUUUGCGGUCCUUAAGUGCACUCACGUCUCUUAAAACGUUGAUUCUAUCUUACAAUGACAUGGAAGGAUCCUUUCCUGUCCAAGAAUUAUCUGUUUUUGAAAACUUGGAGUUUUUGGAUCUGAGCAACAACAAGUUAGAAGGCUCUCUUAAAAUGCAGGAUUUAAAAAAGUUAUCUAAACUAAGAAAGUUGGAGUACUUGGAUUUGAGUUACAACGACUUUGACAAAGAUAUUAUGAGGUUGUCAGAAUCUCUGUCGUCCCUCAAAUCUCUCGAUCUUUCUUUUAAUUACAUGGAAGGGUCCCUCUCUAACCAAGAUUUGAAGUCUUCAACAAAACUGGAGAUAUUAGAUUUGAGUUUUAAUAAUUUGGUUGGGAAUGUUCCUUCUACCGUAAGGGAACUGGCUUCGCUUAGGGCAUUAUCUUUGGCAUGGAAUGGUUUUAAUGGCUGUUUACCAAUUCCAGGUAUAUGUGAACUAAAUAGACUUCAAGAGUUGGAUCUUAACGGUAAUAGUUUUGAGGGAAUCAUUCCCCAAUGCCUAAACAAUAUGACUUCUCUUCGUCUCAUUGAUCUUGGAGGCAACCAUUUUGAAGGCUCAUUCAAAUUUAGCUUAUUUAUGAAUCACCCCAAGCUUAAGACAAUCAUGCUUACUUGUGAUGGUGACAAAUUGAAGAUAGAUGCGGAACAUCUACAUCAAAGCCCAUUGUUUCAGUUAGAGACGUUAAAACUCUCUAACUGUAAUCUGAAAAACACUCCUCAAUUUCUCUUUUACCAGUAUCGAAUAAAAGCAAUUGAUCUCUCUUACAAUAACUUGAGUGGUAUGUUCCCUACCUGGUUAGUUGAAAACAACACUGAGUUGGAACUUUUAAAUCUAAGGGAGAACUCUUUUUCUGGUCAAUUUCAUCUCCCAGCAAAUUCUAUGAGAGAUAUUCAAUUGGUUGACGUCUCCAGCAAUCAUUUCAGUGGGCAACUUCAAGAUGACUUCGGAAAAAUAUUAUCAAAUGCAAUGUGGAUUAAUUUGUCCAAUAAUCAUUUUGAAGGUGAUUUCCCAUCGUCAAUUUGUGUCACAAGCAAGUUACAGGUAUUGGAUUUGUCCUCUAACAAUUUCUCAGGAGAAGUACCUAAGGAGUUACUUACAUGGUGCACGAACUUGAGACUCUUGUGGUUAUCACAUAAUAAAUUUCAAGGUGAAAUAUUUUCUUCCCAUUUUAAAUUGAGUCAGCUACGGUAUCUCGUGUUGAGAAACAAUCAGUUCACAGGUAGUCUAUCUCUACCAAACAAUGUUGAACUUUGGUCAUUAGAAGUUUUUGAUAUCAGCAACAACCGAAUAGAAGGUGAAAUUCCUAGUUGGAUUGGUAAUUUGACAAGCUUACAAAUACUUUCUCUGAACAAGAAUUUAUUUGAAGGCCAGUUUCCUUGUAAAGAGAAACUUUUAUCAAUGGAAUACUUGGACCUUUCUCACAACUUUCUCAGGGGACCCUUGCCUUAUUGCUUUAAUCAGAAUUCUUUAAAGCAACUUAAUUUGGAAGGGAACCAAUUCUGGGGAUCAAUGCCAAGUGAACUUUUCAAUUUCUCGGCUCUGAAGGUGUUGAAUCUUAAAGAUAACAACUUGUCUGGCAGUAUUCCCUACAAUAUUAAUGGAAACCUCCCUAGCUUGAAAGUCCUUUCAUUAGGGAAUAACUAUCUAAAGGGUUUAAUUCCGGAGUUGCUCUGUCAAUUGACAAAUAUAAACACUUUGGAUCUUUCCAACAACUGUUUCUCUGGGCAAGUACCUCAAUGCUUCUAUAAUAUCUCCUUUGGGAAGAUCGAGGCAAAACGUGCUAUCCUCAAUUCACCAGAAUAUAGUACUGAUUUCUAUAUUACUCCACCUUAUAAGGUACAUGGAAAUCUCUUAAAAUAUAUCUCUGAUGACCUUGAGCGGUCUUACGCUUCCAGAACACGAUUUGAGUUUGAUUUUGUCACUAAAAAUAGGUUUGAGGUUUACAAGGCUGGCUUUUUAUAUUUGAUGUCCGGACUUGAUUUGUCAUGUAACAAUCUAACAGGGAAAAUCCCAGUAGCAUUGGGGAACCUAUCCUCAAUCCAUGCAUUGAACUUGUCUCACAAUCGAUUAGUAGGUCCCAUUCCAAUUUCUCUUUCAAAGCUCGUUGAAAUAGAAAGUUUGGACCUUUCCUACAACUAUUUGAGUGGGGAAAUCCCAUCGGAGCUGACCAACCUUGUGCGUUUGGAAGUCUUCAAUGUGUCACACAACAAUUUAUCUGGUAAAAUUCCAUCCACCAAUCAAUUUUCAACAUUUGAAGAGAGUAGUUAUGAAGAAAAUCCAUUGCUUUGUGGACGGUCAUUAAAUAAACGCUGCACCAACCCUCCGACACCAUACUUGCCAAUUGUUCCUUCAGAUGAAGCACAAGGGAAAUGGUUUGAAGUUGAUUUUAUUGCCUUCUACGCAAGCUUUGGUGUAACAUAUCUCGUGUUCUUGUUGGGUUUCGUGACUGUUCUAUUCAUCAAUCCUUUUUGGAGGAGAAAAUGGUUCCAUUUCGUCGAGAAUUUCCUCUCUUCCAGCUAUUAUUUUGCUUAUGAUAGCCUAGGCAAAUUAUGGAAUUAGCUAUGUUUGUAAUUUCCAUAAAUGCUUGUAAUUUGUCAUGACUCUUGAGUCUUUGUUUAUGCUUACAAAUAAUGGGAAUUGUUCCAAGUUAGU